AUGGCCCAAUGCCUUGGACCUCAUCUACGCACUGUGUGUUUUCAACAUAUAGCAAAGAGCACACUUUUAUUCAACGUGCAACGUAUGGCAGAGAUUGGAUGUACGGGUAUUGAGACUAUGGAUUUUCGUGCGUAUGUUCAAUCGGAUGAGACCAUUGCAGCCCUGGCACGGAUAAGUGACAAUGUCAAGGAGAUCUCUAUCCACAGCGACCUGACGCAAGGACCCAUCGUUCAGUUAUUUGAUGCUUGUCCCAAACUCGAACGCUUUCGUUACAAGGCACACAUUCUUCAUUUGACCAAUGCAAACGACACCAUGUUGAUGAUCAAUCACCCCAUAUACCCUAACAUGACAUUACUCGCCCUCGACACCACCAUCCCUGCAAGCUCACUCGAAGCAUUAUUGAAACUAUGCCCCAAUCUACGCAUGCUAUCGAUCCACAACAUUCGUCACAACGUCGCCGUCUUUUCUCGUUAUGGCAGCUACUUUAGCAUGAUCCUUGCUCUAUGUCCACAAAUCACUCAACUCCAUUGUGCUGGAUGGCAUCGACAACUGGGUCAUUUACCUGUAUUGGGAGAAGCUGACAACAAGGCGAUCUACCCACAUCAUCAUCAUCAUCACCAGCAACAGCAGCAUACCACACCUGGUUUACGCGAAUUCGCAAUGGAAGUAUGCGACCUAUAUCCACAAAAUCACGUGAUGCAGCUACUACGGGAGAAUGCGAAUACCAUUGAAUCAGUAGCCUUCACGACCUUGUUUAUGCCUGUGAAUGAUGAAGAAGAUGAAGAGGAUUGGUCCAUCCUUGGUUCAUUGGAUCCCGUAUGCUUACGCAAGUUGUCAUUGACCCAAGUCGAGAUGAGUGCGGAUGCUUUGAGUGAGUUACUUGGCAAGGUGGCAUCCACAGUGGAUACGGUGGAGCUGGAUCAGAUGCCGGUAACGGUGCAAGUUGCAGAUGCCUUUCAGCCCCUUGAUUCGUUACGACAUUUAUACAUCAAUGCAAGAAUGACACCUGAAGCAGCUACUCAUUUGGCCAAAUCACUACGCACAGCCUAUUCGACUAUUGAAAGCCUUGGAUUCCAACAGCAAAUCACGAAUGAUAUUUUGAGAUCCAUUGGUUGUUUGGAACGACUAGAGACGUUGGAUUUAUGCAAUGGGCGAGGAUUGGAUGGAGGAGUACUAUGCGAGAUGCUGGAAUGCUUACGCCCUCACGAGAAUUUGACCAUGUUGAAAUUGACGGGUUGCAGAGCAGUAUCGGAUCGAGUUCUCGAUACCAUUUCAAAGUUCAAGAGCGUACGGCGAUUGAUUCUGCUGGGUAGUAUGCAAUGCACUGAUGCAGGCCUCAUUCGACUAUGUCACGCGUUAUCCAGCACCGUUGACCACAUCUUUAUCACUGGAAGGCAUCUCACUCCACACGGCAUUGCUUCUGCAACCAACAUUCUCGGUCCCAGUAGAAUAAGCGCUGCACAGGCACAAACACGUCGUUGA